GCUGCGGCUCAUGCUGCAGCUUCCUUCCCCUCACACAGCGGCGGCUGUAGGAGUCGCGGCCGCCGCUCGGGUUCGGAGGUAGCGACAUGAGCCCCGAGAAGCCGUCCGCGCCGCAGGCGCCCGCCCAGGUUGCGGCGCGGGGAGGCUUCCUGCGCGAGAUCCGCACGCCCAUCCGCACCGAGCCCUUCCGCCAGCGCUACAGCCUCAGCCCGGGCCGCGAGCUGGGCAGGGGGAAGUUUGCAGUGGUGAAGAAAUGUGUCCAGAAAGAUACAGAAAAAGAGUUUGCAGCAAAAUUUAUGAGAAAAAGAAGAAAAGGCAAAGAUUGUCGGAUGGAAAUAAUACAUGAAAUUGCAGUGCUUGAGUUAGCACAGUGCAACCUCUGGGUCAUUAAUUUACAUGAAGUUUAUGAGACAGCAACUGAGAUGAUCUUAGUUUUGGAAUAUGCUGCUGGUGGUGAAAUCUUUGACCAGUGUGUAGCUGAAAGAGAAGAAGCUUUCAAAGAAAAAGAUGUGAAGCGGCUCAUGAGGCAGAUUUUAGAAGGAGUUUCAUUUUUACACAGAAAUAAUGUGGUUCAUCUUGACCUCAAGCCCCAAAAUAUUCUGCUAACUAGUAAAUCUCCUUUGGGCGACAUUAAGAUCGUUGAUUUUGGCCUUUCCAGAAUAAUGAAGAGUAGUGAAGAACUAAGAGAAAUUAUGGGAACUCCUGAGUAUGUGGCUCCUGAAAUCCUAAGUUAUGACCCAAUUAGCACAGCAACAGACAUGUGGAGCAUUGGAGUACUGGCAUAUGUUAUGUUAACAGGAAUAUCGCCUUUCUUAGGGGAUGAUAAACAAGAAACAUUCUUAAAUAUAUCUCAGAUGAACGUAAAUUACUCUGAAGAAGAUUUUGAACUCAUCUCAGAGUCUGCUGUGGAUUUCAUCAAAACCCUUCUAGUUAAGAAACCCGAGGAACGGGCAACUGCUGAAGAAUGUCUUCAACACCCUUGGCUAGCACAAAGUGAUAUCCCAGAUCCUGCAUGUAGCAAUAAGAGUAUACCAGCUGAGGCAAACACUGCCACCCAGAAAGAUGAGGAUUCUGCAUCUGAAAAGUCUAUAGAUGCCGAGAAAACUGAAGAGGAGGAAUCGGUAGUGACAGAGGAGCUUAUUGUAGUUGCUUCAUAUACACUGGGACAGUGUAGGCAGUCAGAGCAAGAAAAAAUAACUGAUCAGAAAGCCAUUUCGAAACGGUUUAAGUUUGAAGAGCCACUGCUGCAAGAAAUACCAGGAGAAUUCAUUUACUGAACUGUAUGGAACACAGUAGCUAUAACUGGAAGGUAACAGUUUCUACAAGAAAAAGGUUUCUGGCCAAAUGAAUUGCACAAAUAUGCAACAAACCCUCUAGGUGAAGAGGAAAAUGUUGAUAAAAGACAACAGAGAAGAGUGCCACACUUCUUUUUUUUCUUUUUUUUUUUAAUUUCAUGCAAUAAUUAAACAGUUUGUUUUAGAGGGUUGACAGGAGUUCACCAGCAAUAAUGGCUUCCUUUUUUUUUUUUGUACUUGACACUUUAUUCUUUCUUAAGAGUGUCUUCAAAUACUACAGAAUGCUUCUUAUUCCUUUGUUCUGCAAAAGCUGAGGAGUAUUUUUAAUGACAACAGGAAUUUCUUGAUUUAAUUUAGUUAUUUGAUGUAAAUAUACGAAGUGAGAUUCUUCUUUGACACCCUUUAAAUAGUUCCACUGACCCUGGUGAAACUUUCUUCUGUGUAACAGUGUCAGAAAAGAAUCAGUCCAGCUGACUUGACACCCAGAUUUCAAAGCCUAACUGAGCUUUCCUUUGAGCUCGAACCACGUAAAGAAUCGCAAGAUCAUCUGACAUGAACCCCAGUCUAGAUUUUGGUUUAGAUUUUGGUAAAGCCCUUGAGAGCACCUAUGCCCCAUGGAGAACAUAAAUAAGGUCAGUUCCAAAACAGCAAGGUGCAAUGCUGAAGGGUAAGAGAUGGUUGCUAAUUAGCUACCCCUGAGGGAGCUGUUUUCCACAGAUGUUAGUCUUUUUUUUCUUUUACCUUGGUAGAUGCCCUGGUAGAAUCAAACUCUGUAUAUUUAUGUCAAAUGUAAUGAUUGGGGAGAAAUGACCCAUAGCCUCAUUCAGCUUCACUUAAGUUAGUAGAGUUUUUCCACUGACUUCAAGAUCAGAUUAUUGGUUCUCAGUUUAAAUUUAACAACCUGGAACUAGGGAUAAGGUUAUAAUGGGAGAGUGAGGUCAUUGUUGUCCUCCCAAUUAUCCAGCUGCUUUUGGCAGGGGAGAGAUGGAUCCCUAGAUUCAGUUGCAUGGCCUAGUUCAGCCUACACGGCAGCUGAGGAAGAAUGUUCCUUUUCCAAGGGAUAAAUGAGGGAUUGCUCUUACCCAGUUCUUCUCUCAGGCUGGCAAGUGUAUAUGAUUGCGACCUUGAGAAGGUAUAAGAGGAUUAUGCUGGUUAGUGAGGAUGCCCUCCUGUUAGGGUGCUUUAUUGGGACCAGCUAGAUGGCAAAAUUUGUGAGAGAUUUUGUGCGAAGAACUCGCAUUGGGCUCCCUACAUUUCCAACAUGUUUCAAUCCCAGUGCAGUUCCAAAAUUCCAUGUCUGUGUAACUGAAGUUUAAUAUUAUCUUGUGAACUGUUAAUGUUCAGGUAUUUGUUCACUUUCCCUGUGCUGUUCAGAAGUCCUCCAUGAUGAUAAAUCAUAUCUAAAGCUUUUUUGUCAUGAUACAAUUAAUAGAAACUCUACCUAGUUAGGUUUUUUUCUUCUUCCAUAUAACCACAACCUCUCAUCUGACAACACAACCCAGAAUGUGUUUGCCAUUUAAUUUUUUGGUACUAGCAGGCAGAAGUUCCUGAUACUGAAGUCGAAUCUUGACAUCUGUGUAUCUUAACAGAAGAGGUAAAUUGUAGUUCACUACUAAAAAAAAAAAAAGGUAGAUACGAUUUAAGGAUAUUGGUAUAAUAGGAUUGGUAAUAUGAUUGUAAUGGGAAGAGAAGUAAUAUUACCUGAUUAAAUGGAAUGAAGAGUAUUGUGUCCCAAGAGGAGAGGCUGUAUUUUGUUUUUCUUUAAUGCCCGAGUGCUAGGAUCUGGCUGCUUUGGUUAAAGACACACUAGGAAGUUUACACUUAAAUUUAACCAUGUUAUAUUCUUCACACUUUACUUUCAUCUUUGUUGCAUUACAUGAUCUUUUGAUUAGAGCAACAUCUCAUUCCAGCAGAACCUUGUACAUAAUAAAGGUAUGACAGUCGUUUACUCAAAAGUGAUCCAAAUUGAAUAAUUCAUAUUAUAACCCAAAGCUGAUUUUAAUUUUUUCUGAAACAUUUAAAAGUUGUAUGUUUAGGCCGUGCUUAAGUUUACUCCUUCUGCAGACUAUAUCCUCUCAAACCUGUGUUAAGCAGUUUCCAUGUAAGACUUUGGAUAGCCAUGAUAAACUAUUAAUAACCAAGAUUGUAACAAAGGAAGGUUAGUUGUGUUUCAGUCUGCAUACUAGCUUUGUUUUCAUGGACUGUGGAAAUAACCAGCAGGAGUCUUUGGGUCUCCCACAGUCCUGAUCCCUACCCAGUGUUAUCAAUUCAGUAAUAUUAGUCCCCUCGCUAUUUCGUCCUUUUUGCAGUUUGGUCACUUAACCAGAGCAGCUUCUUUGGUCAUGAUGUAUCAAAUCUCUGUUAACGUCAGGCAUAAUUGAAAUAGGUAUGCCUGGAUUUUGGGGAGAUUUUUUUAAAAUUAUUUUUUGGGUAAUACAACUAUACUUCCUUGCCAAACAACAAAAAGCAAUAAAAGUGAGAGAUUGGAACUUUGUUUAUACUCUAAAUCUACAAAUGGAAAAUACUGAAAAGAAAACAUUUGAUGCUUGCCAUGUUCGCAUAUCCAAAUGCCUGCUAAUAUUUGGAAUGAUCAAUUCUGUUAUUCCUUUACUCGUUUGCAAGUCCCAUAGGAGACUCGGUUAUGGUGUUUAAGCCAUGACCAACUUGUUAAUAGUGGAUUUUGAGUAGAACAGGUCAAAAAUAGAUGCUGAACAGCAUACAAUUUGUGCUAUACUUUUUAGUUUGUAUUGUAUGAUAGUGAAACUUUAAAGUGUUUAAACUAAACAAAUUAUAAUGUAUUUGUUACAAGGCCAGCUUCCUUUGAAUUGGCUGCUUUGAGACUUCCAAUGUGCUGCAUUUUUGUUAACUUUUUGUGCCUUACGGUGUUUGUACAGUAUUUUUAAAAUCAUUUAAGAAUUUGUAUAAAGUUUAUAUAAAAGUUUAAUAGUUUGUAAGUUAUACACAAAGCAUGUUAAGUUGGUCUAUAAUGGAAAAAUAAAGUUUCUAUUAAUGUAUUAUUGCCCGGCUGUCAGCCAAGUCCCCACACAUCUGAAGCUUUGAUAGUUAUUUCCAUUCCACUAUAAAUGUGUACAGCUGUAACUGAGGAAUUGCUUUUCUAAGCAGUAAAAAGGUUCUAUUGAGUUUAUUUGUUACUAAUAGUAUACAUCUCAGACUUGCUCUGCCAAAGGGCAAAUUUGAUAGGCUAAGUUUUGAGGAGCUCAGUGAUUUGUGAGAAGUGGAUUUGAUCCUCCAUAUUCAGUGAAGUAGUACUAUUCAAUAUGUAAAAGAUUGCAUUUAAAUGGGAACGUGCUUAUACUCUAAAGUGCAGACAAUAAGGGAUUAAUUUCUCCAGCCCAUUCCUGGGAACUGAAAUUGCAUUCUCCACAUCAUCUUACAGACCUGAAAUCAACUGUGCUAAGGACUUCAGUAGCUUCCUUGGACCUCAGUUCACGUGUGCCGUGGUGAUGCCUUGUUACAUUUUGUAGCGUAGCAACUAUUUGGCUGACUGGAUGGAUCUGUCAAAAGAUGGAAGGGGGAAAAAAGACCCUACCCGAGUUAUACAACGUGUUAGACUAUAGUUAACCAUAUUUAGGUGUUUGGUGUAAGCAGUCUUGUUGCUGCUCUGUGCCACUAUAGAAUAAAUACUGUAGAGACUAUACAGCAAACAAUGAAAGGCAGUGGUGUCAUGAACAGACUGGAUUUUGACUGGAAUAAAAUGCUAAUACAAGUGUUAGCUGGUUGAGAACAGACUUCAGGGACCCUGCCAUGCCUCUACUUAUAGCUGUCAAACACAGAAAAUUGCCAGUAAUCUUUUUUCCUUUAUGGCAGGAUUAUUUUCAGUAUAGAUCUGAUUUGGCCAGAUGUCUCAAAUUGCCAUCUAUCUAAGGAUCUCGACACACAAUUAAUUUUGGCUUUUGGAGUUUGUGAGGGGAGUCCUGUGACCAUUUUUAUAAAUGGGAGAAACUGAGGCAUGGUUAAGUGAAUUGCUUCUCAUGAAAACACAGGCCCAGAUGGGAUACAGCCCAGACGGCCUUACGCUCUUGAUCCUGUGCCUUAGGUUUUUUUUUUCCACACUGACUGCUAAAGAGGCUCCUAUUGCUGUCCUUGGAAGAUGCUUUUAAAGGGAUGAUGUCAACUUAAAUUGCACUUCUGUCUCAUAACCGUCUCAAAGAACAUACUAUUGUAAUUGAAACUUGUUUGUUUACUUUGUAUAUUGACAGGCCUUCCUGUAUAGUUUGCUGUAUUUGUGUCUUUCACAUGUCAACAGAGCAAGUCAUUUUAAAUAAAAUGUACAAAAAAUGGAAACUGG